GCCCUGAGCCAGCAGCCAGCAAGUCUCAGAGCCAGGAGUCGCCCUCUUUACCUCCACGCCCCCCAUCUUCUCAGAGCAGCAGCGUUCAUCCCCCCAGAAGCCCACGGAAGGGGCGGCCAGGACCCAGAACCUGGAGAUGAGGAUCCCACGCCCCUGAGCUGAUGCCUGAGCUGCCUGGCUGCACAUCAUGCCCGGGAACUCCCCAGCCUCCCAUAAAUCAAGACAGGGAGAUGCCAUUGUGCCGCACCUGACCCUGACCCAUGAGAGGAAAGGGGACUGAGGCUGGCCAGACCAAGUCCUGCCGGCGGCACAGGGGCUUCAGGGAAGGCCCACAGGACAGAUGUGAACCCCUCACACACUUGCUGGGGGCGCACACCUGCCGGGCCUCCUCCCGCCCCGCUCUGAUCUUCAGGUCUGUCCUUGCCUUUCGCUGCUCUGAGCCUGCCUCCUCUCCCUGCAGGCCCUCAGGGCUCCCCACAGCCCCACUCCUGGCCCCCGGACUCAACUGCUCCUGGAGUGAGAGCUGCUCUCAGCCCCAGGAGCUCCGUCCCUAAACGGGAGCGACAGCCUGCCUGACUCUCUAUUCCCAAAGCGAGGUGAGGCGCUCGCUGCACAAAAGGUCCUGUCACCUCUGCCAGCAUCGCCCUUUGUGAGAAUAAACCAGGACCCUGAGCCCAGAGGAGGGGGAAGCAGAACACCCCCCCCCCCCACCAAGCGUGCACAUCUGUCCUUGACCACCCAGGAAGUGGAGGCCCGGAGGGUUCAGAAACUCGCCCUCGGUCCCACAGCGAGGGGCCUUCAGAGCUGCGUUUGGACCCAGCUCUGUCUUGUCGGAAGCCCUUGUCCCAGGCCCCAGGUCACCACUCCCACGUGCCCUCUUCUCUGCCUAAGGGCCUGCUGCGCCUCUGGGUUGCCUCUCCACCCUGUUCCGUGCCAGCCCCCACCCACGGCCACACACGCUUCCCCUUAGCACAGAACUAGGCACCCAGAAGGGGCUUGCAGCCUGCAGGGGCCUCGGGGAAGACCGCUCCGCCUCCACCCUCCUGCUGAGCCCAUGCAGAGAACGGGCGUCUCCAUCCCCCACCCGAGCCGCACAAAGCCAGGUGGGAGGCGCGGCCGGUCCUCGCGGAGGGAGGAUGGGCGCCUGGCUGCAGCGCUCCGCCCUGCGUCCCGGCUGGUCCCUGCGCUCCCUCCUCCCUCUGACGCCCGCAGCCCCGGCCACCCCAGGCUCGCUUGCUCUCGCGCUGUCUCUCUCUCUCCCUCCCCCGCUCGCUCCCUCCCCUCCCUGGCACUGCAGCAUUUGCCGACUGCAGCUCCAGCCACCGCCCGCGCCUCUCCGGCCUCCGCAGCCCCCGCCGCAGCCAGCACCAUGGCCAGCACCGUGUCCGCCUACAAGGAGAAGAUGAAGGAGCUGUCCGUGCUGUCUCUCAUCUGCUCCUGCUUCUACUCACAGCCGCACCCCAACACCAUCUACCAGUACGGGGACAUGGAGGUGAAGCAGCUGGACAAGAGGGCCUCUGGCCAGAGCUUCGAGGUCAUCCUCAAGUCGCCCUCCGACCUGUCCCCGGAGAGCCCCGUGCUCUCCUCUCCCCCCAAGAGGAAGGACGCCUCCCUGGAGGAGUUGCAGAAGCGGCUGGAGGCAGCUGAGGAGCGAAGGAAGACGCAGGAGGCACAGGUGCUGAAGCAGCUGGCGGAGCGGCGCGAGCACGAGCGCGAGGUUCUGCACAAGGCCUUGGAGGAGAACAACAACUUCAGCCGCCUGGCGGAGGAGAAGCUCAACUACAAGAUGGAGCUCAGCAAGGAGAUCCGCGAGGCGCACCUGGCGGCGCUGCGCGAGCGGCUGCGCGAGAAGGAGCUGCACGCGGCCGAGGUGCGCAGGAACAAGGAGCAGAGAGAGGAGAUGUCCGGCUAAGAGGCUUUGGACACCGCGGCGCCUGGAUCCUGAGCCGAGACAAGAACACGUUCGGGUUUUGGUUUUGUUUUGUUCAGCUCUGUCUAGAUGCCACUUUUGUUCCCCCCACCCCCCUCGUCCCGCUCCCCCAGCUUCAUGCUUCUCUUUCCGCACUGCGAGCUGCCCAGUCCCGGCAGUCGCUGACCCCAGGCUCUCCCCGUAGGGGCCGCGGGGCGUGGCACAGGGUCCCUCCAUUCAGGCACCAGGCCGGGUGGUGGCUGGGUCCCCUCUUGGCAGCCCUCUUAGUGGGUGUGGUGGUGACCUCAGUAAACCCAGAGGUGGUGGAGGAACGUGCAGAUCCGUGUGCUGGGCUGUCCCAUGAGCACCUCAUCACUUAGAAUACAUCCAAGCACAGACAACACGCCCCAGCAGGGGAUGGGGAGGAGGAGGAGGAGUCACACGUAGAUGGACUUCCGGGCAGUGUGGGGCCAGGGUCACCCUGUCUUGGGGCCAGCCUUGGAAGGGUGUGUGCACCGGAGCUUGUGGACAUGGUGGGUGAAAGCUGCAGCACCCUUUACUGUGGUCACACAGGGGUCUUCUGAGACCACCGGGCCUGUGAUGGACACCCUGCACUGGCCUGGGAGCCUGUGGUCAUUGCCUGUGGCUGGAGUGGGGGCUGCAUGGGGUGUGACCUGGCCCGAGUCUUCAGGGGAGUGGACAUUCUUUGCCAUUCUCCACCAGGGACCCGAGAAUAGUGGGCAGCAUGACACCCCCUGCUGACCCCUCCUCCCAGAAGUGCCCUCCUUCUGAGAGCCUCCGGCUGCACACCUGUGGGGAGGCCCAGCAGCCGUCAUUCCUCCUCUCCCCCCACCCCCCGAGCUUUGUGAGCCUGUCCUAGAGCCCUUUGGAGUCUUGCCCCUUCCCUUGCCUGCCCACGGUGCUCCUGGCCACAGGGUGGGGGCUUUCAGGCUCCACUCCGACCGGGUGUGGCCAGGUGUGAGUGGCAGCCACAGGUGUCCUUUGGAGAGCUCUUAGCAGACAGCAGGGGGCAGGGGCCAGGGUUCCCAAGCCACCUCUCCACCGGGUCCAUCCUCUGGCCAGUCUGCAGGUCCGAGGCCUGGCUCUAGGCCUCUCCCACCAAGACCCCACUGGACUGGGCUACUUCCCUCCCUCCGCCUUUGAGGACUGUAGCCUGUCUGGACGUGAGGGUGGUCUAGUCUUUGACCCGCAGCCCCACCCACAGCAGGCUUCUUGCUGCAGGGUCCCUGCUGACUGACCUCUUGGUAGAAAGCACGAAGGGACAGACUUGAGUCCCUGCAGGAUGCAGAGCCGGUGCCUCUGAACCCAGGUGGUUGCAGCCCCCAGUGCCCCGGCCUCCACCCUGCAGAAACCAAUGGUGGCCCAGCCAGGGAGCAGGUGGGUGCCAAUCCCCUGUGUAGGCUUCGGGGGAAGUAGAAGCCCAGGCCCCUCCUUGUCUACACCAAGACAGCCAGCUUCUGGAAGGGGUGACAAGCCAGGAGCAGAGCCCAGCGGCGCACCUGCAGCUUCAGUGGAACUUGGAAGGGAUUCGGACAGGGACCCGAGGGCUGGGUUUCUCUCCGCCGGGGCAGCUCUCAUCGCGGAAGCCUAGUGUAAAUGCGCCCAUCUCAUCCCGUAGUGAAAGUGAACUUAAAGCAAAGUCACACGAACAAUUAAAGAGAAAUCCUGUGUGUUUAAGAAACGGCUGCACUG